AUGAAGUUAUUGAUCAUUCUGCUGAUGAAUAUCUACCUUGCAAAGUCUUCGGAGGACCAAGUUCUUAUCCAUGGUCCCAACACUCCGGUCUACGUGUGCAAACUUGUAAACGGACAUGUUAAAGUUGAAACAGUGAGACAAAAAUUCGACAAUAAGGCAGCCAAGUACUCCUACGAUGAAGCGAUCCAUCCGAAAUUGCUGGUGGUGGUGGACUACAAGGACUACAGCAAGGACGGCGAGCAAAAAUCUCUGGACCAUGCAGUAGAAAUAAUCGAAAGGAUCAACAGCGAUUACAAAUAUGUAAAUUCUACCCCGCACGUUGAGGCGCAGUUGGCUGGAGUCGUUUUGAUUACGGAACAAGAUGGCUACUCGCCACCAUCGACUUUCAAGAUGAGUGUCGAUCGAAGAGAGUGCAGCCGUACCUUUUGCAACGAUGAGGGCAUGUGCUCUCAAUCCUGUUGGACGCGGCCAGCCUUGGUGGAUUAUGCUUUUUCUCGAUCGGAACUGAAGAGGUUCAGCGAUUGGUUUAAGGUUACCGCGGAGCAAUUCGAAGACUCGGACUACGAUGCGUUCAUCUAUUCAUUCCCUGGGUACCUGACUGAGGGACUUUGGAACCCUAGAACAGUGUGGUCUUUAUCCAGUGGAACAGUGUGUCAGUCAAAGCCUGGAGCGAUUGUCAGUAAUAAGUUUGGGUAUUCUGUCUAUGCAUUUUCCAUUGAGCUUGCCUAUUUACUUGGACUAACUCAUAAUGAAGACAACGUGGACUCUCAUUGGUACACUCAUGAAGAACUUGAUAUUAAUUGGUACAAGAUAAUAGACUGGAGGAAUCAGACUGCUGAUAUUGUCAAAGAUAAUUACCAACAUGGUAAAUACUCUUGUCUUAAGAAGCCCGUUAAAAAGAACGAUGACUACGAUGACGAAUAA